AUGCGCUUCACCUCCCCUCUCCUCGUCGGCGCCGCGCUGGCAGCCCAGCUCCACCUCGCCCUCGCCGCGACCAACCACUGCAAGCUCGAGGGUGCAAGCAUCGGCUCCUUCGACCUCUCGCCGCUGCGCAACAAGAAGCACGACUACACGGCGACCAACCCUGACGGCGGUGCCGUCAGCCUCAACUUCUGCGGGCCCGUCUCGUCGGACGAGUCUCCUGCCGAGGCUGCGCAGAACUACGGCGCGUACAUCGAGGACUCGCGCGGCGGCAUCUCGCUCGGCGAGUCGUCGAACAAGCUGUCGUACCACAACGGCCAGCUGUCGGUCACGUACAAGAACGGAGCCGAGUGCCCCAACUCGAACUCGCGCCGCUCGAGCCUCAUCUACCUUCAGUGCGACACGUCGUGGACGUCCGACAACAAGGUCACCCUCAUCGACUCGCUCGACGACUGCGUCUACUUCUUCACGAUGAAGACGCCGUACGCCUGCCCGACGUCCGGGGGCUUCUUCAGCGCCAUCUGGGGCGUCUUCGUCUUCAUGUUCUGGCUCUCGAUCGUCAUCGGCGGCGCCUUCUUCCUGUACCAGCGCUUCCUCGGCGGUAACCGCGGUGGCCGCACCCUCGGCGGCGGCGAGUCGGGCGGCGUCGGCGGCGCGGUCGGCUUCGCCAAGGACAUGCUCGUGGUCGGCGGCAUCUGGGUCAUCGACACGGCGCAGAACGCGUACCACGCCCUCGCCUCGCGCCGCGACGCUCGCUCGCAGGCCUACCAGUACGCCUACGAGCCCGCACCCGCCGCCGCCCGUCCCGCCUCGUCGCAGCCCGACUACUCGUCCUCGGCGUGGAAGGCCCCGACUGGCGGCGCGGCCGGCGCGCCGCCGCCGCCGCCGCCGGCCAAGAGCAGCUCGCCGCAGCCCGGGCAGCACAACCCGCUCGCCGGCGGCGGGAGCCUCCUCGAGGACGACGAGGACGACGACGAGGACGCGCUCGCGAUGCCGGGCACGCAGGGCAAAGGCGCGCAGCUCGUCUGA